GCAUGCGAUUACAACUCUGGCUUUCCCAAGCAAAAGAGAAAACACUUGUGAAGAAACUUAGAGGCUGAAGGGGUUAAAUGAAACCCAACUCUCCUUUUCCUGUGCAGUAAGGAUUAGUAACCAAACAGAAGCUGGAGAGAAGAGCAUGUUAAGAGCCACCGUUUGAACCAGAACGAUAAGAAAGUGGGUUUUGCAGCUUGACUACAGUGGUGUCAGUCCCUCCAACUUUUGCACUCACCUUGCACAGGUCCACGCAGAAGACAGAGAUGAAGAACUUGUUCCUUCUACUCAUGCUAGCAGUGAUGCCACCUUCUGCAUUUUCAGGCCGCAGGAUGAAGCGGCAGACUGAUGUCUGGGGAAGCUGGGGUGAAUGGGGCAAGUGCAGUCGGAGCUGUGGCGGUGGAGUCAGCUUUCGGCAACGGCACUGCUAUUCCCAAAGGACAGAAGGUGCUUCCAGUUGUAUUGGACCAACUCGAAGCUAUCGCUCAUGCAAUAUUCAGAGCUGCCCAGAAGGCUCCAGGGAUUUCCGGGCAGAGCAGUGUGCAGAGUUUGAUGGGACAGAAUUUCAAGGAAAGAAAUACACAUGGCUUCCGUAUUAUGGAGCACCCAAUAAAUGUGAGUUAAACUGUAUUCCCAAGGGAGAAAACUUCUACUACAGGCACAAGGAAGCUGUGGUAGAUGGGACUACCUGUGAACCCGGCAGGCGUGAUAUCUGCGUAGAGGGAGUUUGUCAGGCCGUUGGCUGCGAUAACAUACUGGAAUCUGCCAAGAAGGAGGACAAGUGCCUGCAGUGUGGAGGAGAUGGCAGUACUUGCUAUGGUGUGAAGGGCACUUUUGAUGUGCCCAACCUUCCCAAAGGGUACAAUCAAAUCUUUAUCAUCCCCAUUGGAGCCACCAGCAUCCAAAUUAAGGAGGUUAUGCCCAGCAGGAACUUUCUCGCUGUCAAGAACGUGAGAGGGGAAUAUUACCUGAAUGGGCAUUGGACCAUUGACUUCAGCCGAGCUCUGCACAUAGCUAGCACAGUUAUGCACUAUGACCGUGGCUCAGAAGGUGAUCUGGCCCCAGAGCUCCUCCAUGCCAGGGGCCCUACCACAGAACCCUUAAUUAUUGAGCUCAUCAGUCAGGAGCCAAACCCAGGGGUGCAGUAUGAAUACUACCUGCCCGCGCAGGGACAGACCUCAGGUUACAGCUGGAGUUACAGUUCAUGGAGUGAGUGCAGCUCUGAAUGUGGAGGAGGUUUCCAAUCCCGUUUGGUGUUUUGUACCAUUGACAAUGAAAUUUAUCCAGACUAUAUGUGCAGGAGUAAACCACAACCAGACAAUAACCGGACAUGUGGCCAUCAGACUUGUCCCCAGACAAAACGGUGGACAACGGGGGAGUGGGGACCCUGCUCAGCUACCUGUGGUGGAGGCACCCAGACUCGCUCCGUUUACUGUGUGGCAUUUGAUGGCCAGAGCUCUCAAGGGGUCGUGGACAACGCUGAGUGUAUGGCCUUUGCACAGCAGCCUCGCAGCAGUCAGCCCUGCAACAUGAGACAGUGUGCAACCUGGAGCACAGGUCCCUGGUCAGAGUGCUCAGCCAGCUGUGGGGAAGGAGUCCAGACCCGGACUGUCACCUGCAGAACGCAGCAGGGCUCUCAAGCUCGGGACUUCGCUUGCCUAAUGGAGCCAAAGCCACCAGCCACCCAGCCCUGCCUUAAGGAGAACUGCAUCCAGGAAAUCGGCUGGCACAUUGGAGACUGGGGCCUGUGUUCGAAGAGUUGCAAUUCAGGCAUCCGGACCCGCCAAGUUAUCUGUGCUGACGGUGACUCCAAGUUCUACAGUGCUGAGAUAUGCAAAGCCAUCCAGCCACAGAAACCAGCCACCCUGGGAAGCUGCAACAUGCAGCCCUGCUACCUGCCACAGCAGGUCCCCAGUAUGCAGGACACUAUGGGAUAUGAUGUCACUCGCCAGUCCUUGCUGACUCGUUACAACCCAAACAGCCCUGCCACAGAUUCUGGAAGGAUGCUCGCUGGGAGCUCCACAGUCCACGGUACCUCUGGGAAUCACCACAUCCAGUCUACUGAGGACCGUGGCAUCAACUUGUUGCCCGUUCGCUGGGAAUCCCAGUCACACUCAUCAAAUUCCCAUCAGCUCAGCUUCCCUCCGUACCCCACUGCAGGGACUGGCUCUCAGGACUGUCAUCGGAGCCCACACGGCUGCUGUCCAGAUGGACGCACGCCAGCUUCAGGCCCUUUGGGGAGAGGUUGUCCCUUCAGCAGCUGUCACCAAAACAGGUAUGGAUGCUGUCCGGAUGGAGUAUCAGCUGCUCAAGGUCUGAACAACAUGGGAUGCCCGCAGUACAACCGUGAGGUUCAAAUGAGCAGAAGUCGGCCCGCUGCAGCUGCUCCAACAGCAAGCCAAGCCUUGUUGCAGCAGCACCCCUCGGGCGAGUGCCGCAGCUCAGUGUACGGCUGCUGUUUUGACAAUGUCGCUUCAGCCUCAGGUCCUCAAGGGGAAGGAUGUCUCAACAGGCCCAACUACCCGUAUCCCGUCAUAUGCCUGCUGCCCAGUGCCCACGGCCCCUGUGCGAACUGGACCACUCGCUGGUACUUUGUGACAGUCGUUGGCAAGUGCAACCGCUUUUGGUACGGCGGCUGUCAUGGCAAUAAAAACAGCUUUGCCUCAGAGGAGGAGUGCAUGAGAGUAUGCCACAACUCGGGGGGGGUCAGUCCCCUGGCGCGCCAGCCCUAUUCUGGCACAGGAGCCCUGCAGCAGCAGGACACCGGCUCCCGCUCUCACACACGGAACUAUCAGGGUCAGCAGCAGCCACCGCUGAGAGAAUCUGCAAGUCAGAGCCAAGAAGGAAGAGCCUAUGGGGCUUUACAGCCCCCACAGAACAGACGUGGAGGGGACAGCUGGAGGAGCGAGGUACUGCCAGAGACUGUGCAAAGGACUGGUGUGCUGGAGAGCCAGCGCUGGGGCACCCAGCAAAGUCGAUUGAACAGCCUGAGCCAGCUGCACUUGGUGUCGGAAACAGCAGUGCCUGGGCCCUCAGAGAGGCAGAGCAGCAGUGGCCAGCAGGUGCUGCCACAUGAAGGCAAGCAGUGGCAUAAGGCGUUUGGAGCAGAUGCUUCCAUAACGGAGGGCUUGGACCACCAGGUGUCUGCAGACUCACUCCCAGCACGGGGUCUGCACAGAGCCAUUCUGGAGGAAGCCAAGCCCUCUCUUGUGACAGCAGUCGUGGGACAAAACAUCCAGCUGGUCUGCAAGACAGGCACGUCCCCCUUCUCCAGAGUGGAGUGGAUGAAGGAUGGCCAGCCAGUCUCCUCUGACAGGCACGCCUACCAGUCCGACAGCUCCUUAGUUAUCAGCCACAGCAAGCCAGAGGACGCCGGGACUUACACGUGCCUCAUUUCUGAUGGGAGGACGGAGAGACGGCAGAUUCAGUUACAGAUCAUAGAGUACCAGAGUGCUGUUCUGGCAGAGGGUGAGAGAGGUCAGGUCCUUCACAAGGAAAAUCAGCAGCACCAAGGGCUAUCCAGAGGCGGGAAGGUUGUGCAGGCAGCCAGCUCCUCCGUGCAUCCACAAUUCGCAUAUAGGUUGAAAAUGGAUAAGAGCGAGCCCUCAGUGGUGGAGGCCGGCAUCGGGGAUAGAGUCAGACUGCCCUGCGCAGUGGAAGCAUCGCCAGCUCUCACCAUCGAGUGGCAGAAAGAUGGGCAGCCCCUCUCCUCUCCCAGACACAGGCAGCAGUCAGACGGGGCGCUGGUCAUCAGCCGGCUCAGCACUGAAGAUGGCGGCUUCUUUACCUGCAUCGCCUCCAACGGACGUGACCAGGACCAGCGUCAGGUCCUGCUCCGACCUCUAGGAGAACUGAGGAUCUCUGGCCUUCUGCCAAGCAUCAUGGUACCUGAGGGAGAAACUGCUCAACUUCGCUGUAUGGUGACUGGCAACAAUGUGAAUAUAAGGUGGUCAAGGAAUGGAGUCCCAAUGCGGGCAGACGGUCACCACAUCCACCUGUCCCAGGAUGGAAGCCUAAUCAUAAGCAACGUUCAACUGGCUGACGAGGGAUCCUACACGUGCAGCGCCUACAGCAGCAGCAACUCCGUCAGUGCCAGCACUGAGGUGAAAGUGUUGAGGAACAGGCCUAGUCCAGCUGUGAAUCACGUUGUGGACCUGAGCAGAGAGUGCGUGGACCAGCCACACCUCGCCAACUGUGACCUGAUUGUGCAAGCCCAGCUCUGCAGUAACGAGUACUACUCCAGCUUCUGCUGCGCUAGCUGCUCUCACUACAAGCCGCAGGCCAGCCCUCCGCGUCACAGCGGGUGACAGAGACCUCCAAGGCCACACGAAACAACAGCACAGGUAUGGCUUCAGGACUGGACACAAUGCUUUAAGAUGUGAACACACCAAACAGUCUCGAAGCAAUCCAGUAAAGGAGCAACAGGUGACACAGUCAAACAGCUAUUUGGGGCAUUUUUUUUAUUUUUACUUUUUGAGGCCAAUGAUAGAGUCUGCUUGCUAGAAAAGACAAAACUUAUUUUCAAAGAAGACCCUUCAGUUUGGCAAUUAGGAAAAACUUCCUCUGCUCUAAGUCGUAGAAUGUUACAUUGACAAAUUGUGACGUUGCAGUCAUUGACUAUUUGAGGACAACUCAAGCCCUGAGAUAAAUUCUAAUUGUGUUUGUACAUAAAUUUGCAUUUAACAUUGCAAAAUGGCGCUCUGUACAGGAUGUUUUGGUAUAUAGUAUAACUCUGCCUUCAGAGACCACAGACUAAUGUAAAAUUGUGUAAAUUCCAGUCAUGUGUGGCAGGUAUAGAGGGGAGUUAAGGUCUGUGAACCUUCUCAGGAAGAUGGUUAGCCAUUGAUUAUGCUUACAUCAGAUCCCUUUCUCCCAGAAUAAGCAGUUGUUUCUGUAAUAAAUCUCUUUCUACUCUGUCAGAGGCUCUAUUUUUAUACGAGUUAAAUAGUUAGCUUUCAUUUGAGCUGUAUGAUUACAUACAACACGGUCAGGGAGUGCUACCUCAAGCCUGGUGAGGUCUGUAAUGGGCACCUGUAUUCUGAUGGACUGGACUUUACAACUGAAGGUACUUUUUUUUUUCCCUUGUUGUUUAUUCUCUGACCUCUUUCAGAUGUGUAACCAUAGUAAAAAGGACAGUAUUUGAAGGCGUGCAGUUCACUGCUUUAAAUACAUGCCGUGACUGUAAUAGUUAACUAAGGGGUGUUUGUAUUUUUUCUAUUUAGCAAGCUGAGAUUUUCCUUCUAUGUAGCAUCACUUUUAACUUCCUAACUGUUUGAUUUUUGAUUCGCAAAUCAAGAUAGCGGUUUUCCUCCCUAAACAAUGGGUUGUAGGAAGGUCACAGAUAUCUCCUUUGCUGUUACCUCCUAGGCAGGGGAAGGGUGUAACUGCAAUGGGCUAUUUUCAUCUGAUUGCUGGACACUGCUGUGAAAGUCUAGGGAACUGAUAGGAAAAACAAAAAAAAAACAAACAUCUAUAACAUUUUAUUAUAAAUGCUAGUUCUCUAAGCAUGUAUGACCAAGUAUUCACUUGCUUUUCGACAGCUAAGUAUUGAGAGCAAUUCCAAUACCAUAAAGAGCGUUGGUCAUUACUAUUAAUACCAUACUGAACUUAAUUGCUU